UCGUCCACAAUUUGUUUGCGACAAUUGUCCGAAAACAAAUGUCGUAAGAAAAUAAGCUGAGCUCGUCCACUUGUACGCAUCAUGUCGUCGGACGAGGAUGCAAUUUUAUUACUCGCGUUGGUUCACCGACGUAGAAAAAGAAAACAAAAAAGAAAGUUUUGGGUUCAUCCAUACUUUACUGCCAAUCAAGAGAAAAUUGCAUUCGUAAGCGGCAGAUCAAAAGAAAUCAUCGAAGAUCCUAUAAAAUUUCAAUCGUUCUACAGAAUGUCACGAGAUAGCUUUCUUGUAUUACUUUAUAAACUGGAACCCCUUAUCGCCAAGCAAAAUACAAAAUUUCGUGAGUCUAUAACACCUGAAGAAAAAUUAAUAAUAACGUUGCGAUACUUUGCUACGGGAUUAAGUUUUAAGCAAUUGUCUUUUCAUUUUAUGAGGGGUGACAGUACCAUAGGACGAAUAGUCGAAGAAGUAUCGGAUAGUAUUUGGGAAUGUUUGCGCGAGGAAUAUAUGCCCGUUCCUAACGAAGAAAUAUGGAUUGCCACAGCAAAGAGGUUUAACGAUUUAUGGAAUUUGCCAAACUGUGUAGUAAGUAUUGAGGGCAAGCAUAUUAGAAUAAACUGUCCUGCUAAAUCUGAAUCGGCAUUUUACAAUUAUAAAAAUUAUUUUUUUAUACAGUUGUUAGCUAUCGCAGAUGCCGACAGUAACUUUAUUGCUAUUGAUGUGGGUGCUUAUGGCAGAAAUGGCGAUGGUGCCGUUUUCCGUAGAUCAAGUAUUGAUGGUAUAUAUUUUAAAGCAGGCACACUGAAUUUUCCACAAUCGCAGCCAUUACCAAAGGAGCCACAUGAGCCGACUUUUCCGUACUACCUUGUAGGUGAUGCAGCAUUUCCACUUUCAACGCAUUUGCUGAAACCAUUUCCAAUGAGAGGAAUAACAAAUCAAAAACGGAUAUUUAAUUAUAGGCUGUCACGAGCUCGUCGAAGUGUCGAAUGUGCCUUUGGAAUAUUGGUUUCGAAAUUUAAAUUACUUCAAGGUCCUAUUCUCUGUUCCUCAGAAAAAACUGACAAAAUUGUGAAAGCAUUAUGCAUCUUGCAUAAUUUCAUUCGAAAACGUGAAGGAAAACUGUCCAAAAUUGUCCCCCUGACGUUCAGGGCCUUAUGUUUAGUGGACGACCGGCCUAAGAUGUAA